AUGGCCUGCACUUUAGAGAAAGUAUUGGGAGAUGCACGGACUCUGCUGGAGAGGUUAAAGGAGCACGACACCGCCGCUGAGGGUCUCAUCGAGCAGUCCGGGGCUCUCAGUCAGAGGGUGCAGAGCAUGAAAGAGGUGGGAAAUGCUCUUCCAGACAAGCAUACAGAAGACACUUCAGAGGUCCAAGAGAUGAUCAAGUACAAGCCUCAUGUCCUUUUGACUCAGGAGAAUACUCAAAUCAAGGAGCUCCAGCAGGAAAAUAAAGAGCUCUGGUUGUCUCUUGAAGAGCAUCAAUACACAUUAGAGCUGAUCAUGGGUCGUUACCGAAAGCAGAUGCUCCAGAUGAUGAUGGUGAAGGAAGAGAUGGACACAAAGCCUGUUCUUACACUGCACGAGGACCAUGCAAAAGAAGUGCAGACCCAGGUGGAGCGAAUAUGCGAGAUGGGCCAAGUGAUGAGACGGGCCGUGCAGGUGGAUGAUCAGCGCUACUGUUCCAUUAGAGAGAAGCUUGCCCAGCUCGAGAUUGAGAAUAAGGAGCUACGAGACCUCUUGGCCAUCAGCAAAGACUCAAUGGCAGCAGCGAGGGAGGAAAGCACGCAGCUUGCAACAUCAACACAUGAAAACAAUCCCCAGCUAGAGUCCAAUGAUUGA